AUGCUUGUUGGUCAAGGCAGUAUGAGGGGAGCCUUUUUGGCUCAGGUCAAGACUGAAGGUCAGAAUGGAGGACCACCACGCAUCACUAACUGGGUGGCAAAAGUGCAAUACCACAAUGAAUACCUAGACAUCAAACUCCAUGCAACCAAUGCCCAAAUGUACAAGGCAGCUGGACAUCUCCUUCAAGCAUACCAAGCACUUGUCCGCCAUUGUGUAAUCUUCAUUGGUGAAGAACACCUUCCCGCUCAAGUCUACUUUUUGGAAGCUUGCCUCCAAGGGGAGUACAUCAAAUACUCAAGCAAUGUUAACUUCUCUGUCACUGGCAGGCAACCUGGGAUAGACUUAGAUAACCUGUCUAUCAUGAACGCUUUUACCCAUUGGUCAUAUGUCAUUUCAAAUGGGGCUAGCCUUGUAUGUGAUCUGCAGGGAGUCGGAUCAACCAUCACAGAUCCUCAAAUAAUUGAUAGGGAUUAUGUUCGUUGGGCCAAUGGAAAUAAUGCCUCCAAAGGAAUACAACAUUUCUUAGAGAAUCACAUCUGCAAUGAUGUCUGUAGGGCUUUGAAGAUUGGCCCUCCCAAUGAUAUCAUGCCCCAAGUCACCAAUCCAACUCAACUUCAAAGAUUGGUUCAAUCACAGGUUGCCCAAGGACUUGGAGGACCAAGUCAAGCAGCCAGAUUUCUAACUGGGUCUCGUGCAAUGACUGAGAUCCAUUCCAACUCUGGCAUUUGUGCAAACCCUGCCCCAAGUCGUGCUUCCAUAGGAAAUCUGCCACGGCCUAAAUUCCUCACUUUCAACUGCUCAAAACCAGUCAAUUGCGUGAAAAUUACACUCAUUUAA